AUAAACAUUAAUAAUAAUUUUAUAUAAAACAAAAAAAAAAAAAGCUAAACAAAUAAUAAAUUCAUAAAUAAUUAGAGCAAUUUUUUGUCAUAGAAUAAAUAAAAAAAUAGAUAUAAAUAAAAUAAUUAUAAAACAUAAAUAAAUAUAUAGCAUAAAUAAAUAUAUAGCAUAAAUAAAAUAUUACAUUUUUUUAUAUAUUUUUUUAUAAAGGUUUAGUUGUUUUGUUUCUUUUUUUUUUUUUUGUUUGCUUUUUAGUAUUUUAGUUUUUAUUUUUUUUUUAUUUUUUUUUUUUGUAAAUAUAAUUAAAUAAAUUCAGAAUAGUUAUAAUAAUAAUAAUAGUAAAAAUAUAAUUGUAAAUUUGUAAAUAAUAAUCAAAAUAACAAAGAAUGAAUUCACAAAAACUCCCAGAUUUGUACGAGUUUAUGGGUGUAGCUCAUACAGCAAGUAAUGAAGAAAUAAAAAAAUCUUAUAGAAAAUUGGCAAAAGAAUAUCACCCAGAUAAAAAUCCAGGUUCAGACGAAAAAUUUAAAGAAUUAAAUGCAGUUUAUGAAAUUUUAUCAGACCCACAAAAAAAGAGAACCUAUGAUAUGUUUAGGGAUUCAAAUAUGUCAAUGCCAGAGUUUGCAGCCAGAUCAGGUCAAGAUUAUGCAACAUUAGAAAAAGAAAUUGAGGGUUUUAUGUGUGGCUCUGUAAUUGGUAUACUAUAUUCAUUAAUUGCAAUCUCUGUUAAUGUAAUUUUUGGAAUACCAUUAACCACCGCAUUCUUUCCAUCAAUGGUAUUCUUUAUUUCGCCUGUUGUAAUUUCGGGUGGUAGUAAUUUUUCAAAAGGAUUUGCAUUGGGUGGAUGUGCUGGUAUAGUGACAUCACCAUUUAUUUUGGCGGUACAAAUUUUCUCCUAUAGCAAAUAUUUAAUUGAAAAACCAAUUAGAUAUAUCUUUGGUAAAGGAGAUUCUGAAACAAUGACAGGCCAAACAUUAUUAUUAAAUGAAGAUGACUGGGAAUUUAUAAAUAGACAAAAAGCAGAAUAUGAAAAGAUUGACGAAAUAGAGAGAAAUUGGACUUUUCUUCAUGACAAUCAAGAUAAAUAUAAUCAAGACUCUUUUAAAAAUAUUUCACUAUACACAAAUUCAAUUGAAAGUAUCAAAAUCUCUGCUAGGGUUAUUAGAGAACAUUACGAAAAACAAGAUAAUACUUUCGAGUCCGAUUUAAUUUUAGCAAAAUUAAGAGAAUCUUUAGUUUUUAUAAAUGAUAUAGAAAGUAUAAUUAAAGAAUAUUCAAAUAAAUGUAAUAAUAACUGCGAUAAUGGAAAUAGUAGUGAGGGCGAUCAAAAUAAUAAAAAUAAUAGUCAAGAGAAUAGCGAUAGGGAUAACAUUAGCAGCAACAGCAAUAAUAAUAAUAGUGAUAUAGAUAGUGUAUGUAAAAAAAUUAAUUCAAAUUUAGAUCAAGUUUUAGGUUUUAUUAAAGCAGAAAACGGUGGUUACAUAAAUAUGAGAAUAUUAACAUUACUCAAAAACAUGGAACUGUUUGUAGAAGAGUUUGUAUUUAACCAAUUUGAAUACUACCAAAUUUAAAAUAAUAUUAAUAUAUUAUACAUCACACAUAUAUAAACAAUGUUUUUAAGCUCAACAUAAAAAAAAUCAAGAAUAAAUAUUACAUUAUAUAAAAUAAAACCUCAAUAUAAUAAAUGUUUUUGUGUAUAAAAAUUAAUACACAAAAAAUGUUAAUAAAAAAAUUAUUUAAAUUAGAAUUUAAA